CGCUCCGUAUGGAGUAUCGUCCUGUCUUGCCUCAGCACUAUCUUCGCCUGCAUCUACACCUCUAUUCAUCCAAAUAUUCCCAGUCCGUAUGAUAAAUCGUCAACAGUCCUUUUCAGAUCAAUUGGUAUCAUGGCUUUGACCUUACUUGCACCGGAAAUUAUUGUAGCGUGGGCAGCGCGCCAGUUCAUCAGCGCCCUCGUUUUUACGAGACACAAGUCAUACAGGUGGACAAUAACCCAUAGCUUCUUCAUUUACAUGGGGGGCUUUAUGGUUUCAUACAGAUCAUGCUUUUGGAGCAUCAUUACUCCAGAAAAGCUAAUGGAAGUCCUAGAGCAUCAUUACGACAGCAUAGAGCCCCUGGAGAUCACCAAGGCUGAAAUAGACGAUUCGGGAAAACGCAGUCUCGUUGCGAAGGGACUCGUGGUAAUUCAGCUUAGCUGGUUUGUGAUACAACUUGCAGCACGGCACCGUUUAGGACUUCACAUCACUCCGCUGGAAAUCGGUACCAUGGGCUUUGCCGCCUUAUGUCUGGUCUCGUAUUUUCUGUGGUGGUACAAGCCCCUGAACGUC